GUCACACCGCCUCGCCACCGCCUAUUAGGUUGGAGGCCAUGGCGUUCGUAGGUUGGAGGCCAUCGCUUUUUGGAUCUUUUUGGGGAGACCUCCCGACCAAUGGGUGUAGAGAGACCUACCGAUGGGAGACCUACCAACCGUUUGGGAGACCUCCCAACCUAUUUCAACCUUCCAGGGGAUCCUAUCGGGGUCUCCCUAUUCUAAUAGCUAUUUGGGUGACUCUUCCUUGCCGCCUUGGCUCGACAGAGCCACAGUGCCACUGUCCUUGAGACACGACAUGAUGAUCUUCAAAUAUGUUCUCGCGCUGAGCCUGCUGAGCUCCAGUUUCUCCACUGAUGUGGACCCGGAGACCUGUGAAGAGGCGGACUGCGCUUUGUCCUUGAGGCAGCUGAGGGGCCAGCAAUAUGAAGCCAGAGUUUGGGAGCAUCAAGGAUCUCUCAUUGAUUUUGAGGAAACACCUGAGGUAGCUCCGGCAGCAAAAGCCACGGACACUGAGGGUGAGGGAACUGAGGAUCCUUACAGCAAAGCACCAGACGCACCUGCAGCGGCACCAACUGCCACUGAGGGAGAAGGAACCGAGGAUCCUUACAGCAAAGCACCAGAUGCACCCGCAGAAGCCCCGGCAACGGAGGCAACCGCCACUGAAGCACCUGCAGAAGCACCUACAAAAAAGGCAACUGCCACUGAAGCACCCGCAGUGGAAACUGCCACUGAAGCACCUGCAGAAGCACCCGCAGCAGAGACAACGGCCACCGAAGCACCUGCAGCGGAAACUGCCACUGAAGCACCUGCAGAAGCACCCGCAGCAGAGACAACGGCCACCGAAGCACCUGCAGCCGAAACUGCCACUGAAGCACCUGCAGAAGCACCUGCAGCAGAGACACCUGCAGAGGCACCUGCAGCAGAGGCACCUGCAGCAGAGGCACCUGCAGCAGAGGCACCUGCAACUGAAGCACCUGCAGAAGCACCCGCAGCAGAGACAACGGCCACCGAAGCACCUGCAGCGGCACCUGCCACUGAGGGUGAGGGCACUGAGGAUCCCGACAGCAAACCACCAGAUGCAACUGAGAGCACACCAGCUUCUUCUGAUGAAGAAACAGAGGCACACAACAUGACACAAGAAGAGUGGGAGGAGAAGCAGGGAGGCCUUUGUUGCUUUACUGGUUCAGACCCUAAUGAUGCCUGCGGCACGUGCUACCCUACUGCCAUUGCUUCCUUCAAGAGCCGCUGCUCAAGUGGACGAUGGAAGUGCGACACCUGCGGCGGCAGCUGGUGUGAGCCCAAGUGCGUGAUCAGCGCGCAAGAUCCGAACAACAAGUGCGCGACGGCCUUCGAUUCAGGUGUGGCGGACAAGAGCAGCGCUUGUGGUAAGUCCGCCAAGGGGUGUGCCAACUGCGGUGGUGAGUGGUGCCGCCUCGGCGUCACGAAGAUCGCCGGCGGCGCUGGUGCCGUCAACAGCGAUGGUGGCGCCGCCAGUGCGCAGAACGCGGUGGCCACCGGCGGCUUCUGCUGCUACCGGGGUAACGUCUUCGCGAAGGACAUGUGCACCGCCUGUGAGGAUGUCUCGCAGGAUAUCGCCUGUGCAGACUCCAAGGGCUGCGGGACAUGUGGAGGUACCUGGUGUGCUGGCCCUCGUUGUGUGAAGGCCUUCAGCGACACAAGUGAUCCGUGCCACUCGGCCUACAAUGCUGACAGCGUCGCGGGCUUGACCGACUAUUGCAACGGCUCAGAAGAUCGCUGCAGCAAUUGUGGAGGUGCUUGGUGCACCUCGACGGACAUCACCUUCGAGAACGGCCAGAAGUUCGACCCCGACGCCACGCCCUCCAGCGCCCCCUCGGCCGAUAGCUCGGGCGAGGAGCAGACGGAGGACGAGGAGGAGAAAGAGGAGACAUUCGAGCCUUUUGAUGACCUCUUUCCACAUCAGCUGCCCUGAAGUCAGACCAAAUCUGAAGGGCAGCGGCUGUGCGUCAGAGCAAUCAAAGCAUUGCGAUCGAUGUGAUGACUUUUCAAAAGGCCCGGAUCGUCUGGCAGAUGGAGACACGGGUCAGUGGUGGUGGGUCUCCACCCCCGAGUCACGAUUCGUCGAAUGUCCGAGGACACUACUGUAGAUUCUAAGUACCCAGAUGCUCCAUGCAUGC